UGUCUCUUUUACAUCAUCGGAAAAAGACGCAAAACAAGUUGUGUUGAACCUGCACUUUGAUUUGCUUGUUCUCUCCGAAUAGCGGCCUAAGUGAGAUACCGACUCGCUUCAAAAAGUCAGCUCACUUUCUGAUUCAUCGCCAUAUUGGAACCAGAUACCCACCAGAAGGGACGUAGCCAUCCUUCUAAUUCGACAAGUCAUAGUCCCGCACUCAAUUAGAAUUUCACAACGUGAUAAGCUGUUGGAAAAUCUUCUAAUUCUCUCGAGAUUCUUCCAGAGGUUGGACAAAAGUGAAUAUAAAGCAAGGGAAAACUGGCUGAUUUCCAUUGAUACCGAAGCAAGUGUACAGUGAGCAAGUGCUGCCCUCGAGGAAAGUGUUUUGUUGUUUGGAAAAUCGUUCUUGUGAUUCGUGAAAAGUUUGGACAAAAGUGCAGUAAUAAUGGCGAAUGAUAUCGUGAAGGUCUACUACCCCGAUAGUGGCAAUAAUAUGCAAUUUGUGUACGCCGAGACGCGCGGGAAUUUCUAUUCGUUUGUGGAGAAUAUAAACUCCUUCGUCGGCCGACUGGACAUGGUCCCGCAGGCAUUUGAGGAAGGAAGCAUCGGACAGCGGUACAGGAUGUAUUGGAUUGAUGAAGACAACGAUAAAGUCCUCAUCAACAGCGAUUAUUCCCUCCGGAUUUUCCUUGCCAAGACGAAUGGAGUCAAGAAAGUUUACGUCGAGGAAAAAGACAAUCCACCAACUCCCUUCCAAUCGCAACAGCCUCAACAACAAAGUCCAACCGUAACCUCUGCACCACAAGCAGGGAGCACUUCGCAAAAACCAGUGCAUGGGAGGGUUCAAUGCGACAACUGUGACGUUCAACCAAUAGUUGGAUUCCGUUACAAAUGUGCGCAAUGCUACGACUAUGACUUGUGUGAAAAAUGCGAACAAAAGAAGGCUCAUCCCGAUCAUGUAAUGUAUCGAUUCCCGGUACCAUUACCAAGUCACACCGAAUUGAAUCGUCGUUUCUUCAAGAAGAUGCGUCAUGGAUGCUUUGGACGCCCUGACGCAGAGGCUGAAGGUGAGCGUCCACGCAAAUGUGGACGUCGUCGCCACAAUGGAGGACACGUUGCCGGCGGAAGUGGAGCUGCCGGAGCUUUCUCCAAUUUCUAUACAAUGAUGUGUGAUUUGGCUGAGGGAAUGGAUCAUGAUGACAUCCAAACUGCUGCCACUCCCAGUGCACCUCCCCAACCAGAACCUGAAGCGACAAAGACUCAGGCUCCAAAUGCUUCGACUGAAGCUCCAAGAAGCGAGCCGAGACAAGAAACCGCAGGAAAUAAUGAUAACGAAGACGAAAUUCCAUUGCUUUUCCCAGCAAUCGAUCCAGCUUAUGCUAGAGCUGGAGUACAGGCUUUGAAAGGAUUUUCAGAGAUAUUCGGAAAACUCUUGGAUCCCCUUGGGAUCGUAGUUGAAGUUGAUGUUGGUUUAAAAAAUGAUAAGAAGAACAGUGCCGAGCCAAGUGAUGCAAAGGCACCCACUCCGGCAGGUGAAAAACCUUCAACUAGCACUUCAGGAACGGAGAACAAACAAACAACAACUGAGGCGCAACCUCAACCAACAUCGUCUGGCACUCAAACUCCGAUUUUCAUUGAUCUUUCGGGAUCUCCAUCAGCUUCGUCAGUUGCCCCAGCUGAACCAGAAGCAUCUGAAACCAAUCAACCAAGUUCAGCUGAUUUGAAUGAUGGAAUUCGUGUCUUUGCAAGCAACACUUCAUCGCAACCGUCCUCACAAGUCCAGGAACAACAACCAGAGCAAAUCAAGGACAUGGACAUUGACUUGAAUCCGACUGAUAUCUCCGCUUCUGCUGAGCAACCGUCCGAAGCCAACGGAGCCAACAAGAAACGAGGAUCAACCCCAAUCGAAUCGAGUUGGACCUUGAUCGAUAAGCAAUUUGACGAGCUCAGACUUGGACAAAAUGAGGGCGAGAAUCAGCAAACGUCUGCUACUGCCACUGCCGCUGCUACUUCAACUUCUCCACCCCAAUCAGAUGUUAAUUACGCGCAAUUGAGCAGGGACCUACUUAGUCACAUUCAAGCCGAGGAGCGGACAAAACAACCCGAUUCAAAGCCUUCUAUGACGACAGUCCAUCAUCCAGAUAGGAAAAUAAAUAAUGCGGUUAUCGCUAUGAUGGCUAUGGGAUUCAGCAACGAGGGUGGAUGGUUGACGAAUUUGCUGGAAACUGUCGAUGGCGACAUACCAAAAGCAUUAGAGCUUCUGCAUCCAUCGCGUUGAGCUAUUCAAGGCAGCAAUGCAGCUUUGCGGCCGAGCAGCGUGGAGAGCAGACUAAUUUACGAUUAAGCUUAUAUUUUAUCAUAUUUUUAAUAGAUUUUAGGAAAGCUAUAAAGUGUGAAGAUAAUACUUAAUCCGGUGGUAGAUUGUGGAAUGAUUAAUGAGUAAGAGUGGAAAGUGAUAAGUAGGCGAUAAUGGGGAAGGGAUGAUCUUGUAAACGAUUAUAUUUGCGAAAUGAAUAUUAUACUUAUGAAAUGUAGUAAUCCAUUAUCCGUUAUUCAAAUAAAUGUCUUUUUGACACCCAAUU